AAUACUCGUAGUAGGCAGCACUGCCUGUUUGUGACGGAUGGUCGAAGAGGCAUUUUCGUUCGUGCGAGUUUGGGGAGUGUAAAAAUUUAACGUAAACUAAACCAAUUUCGGCGCAGCUUCCAAAUUACCAGUGCUUGGAUAGAGUGAAGAAUUUGUUUUCGAAAGGGUUUCGGUGUUGAAAUUUGUAGACAUGGGCUCAAAAGAUGGAACCGUCCAGAAGGGGCUGCAGUCCGCUUUGCGAGAAAACAUUCCUUCGAGUGAAGAGGAAGAGCAACACAAACGUCGCGAAUCGGUUCUGGAGCUAAAUGGCUACAUCGUACAGGAAACCAUCGGAACCGGAGCGUUUUCGAAUGUGAAGAAAGCCUUCUCAAAGAGCCUAAAUCAUCCGGUUGCCGUUAAGAUCAUUUCCAAGCAGAAAGCGACCAAAGAUGUCCUGGAUAAGUUCCUGCCUCGAGAGAUUGAGCUGGUUCGGAAUUUGAAACAUGCAAAUUUGAUCCGCUUCCAUGAGUGUAUCGAAACAACCUUGAGAUUCUACAUCGUAAUGCAGUAUGCCGAAAAUGGUUCCCUGUUGCAGCUGAUUAAAAAAGAAAAGUACCUUUCCGAAGAGCGUUCCAAAUCGUUCUUCACUCAGCUGAUCAGUGCCGUGGAGUAUAUUCACGGCAUGGGAGUAGUCCAUCGUGAUAUCAAGUGUGAGAACAUUGUCUUCGACAAAAGCUUCACGCUGAAAUUGAUUGAUUUCGGAUUCGCCAGAGGGAACAUGCAACCGGUUCUGGCCGGUGGCAAGAUAAAACCGGUACUGUCGAAGACCUUUUGCGGAAGCCAUGCGUAUGCCAGUCCGGAAAUAUUGAAGUCUGUGCCAUACCAACCGCAGCUGUCUGAUAUUUGGGCAGUUGGAGUAGUGCUGUACACAAUGGUAAUUGGACGGUUGCCUUUUUCCAACGAAACGAAUGUAAAUGUUCUUAUUAAGCAAGUUUCGGCUGGACCCAAAUUUCCCAAGGAUCGUUGCAUUAGUGACGAAUGUAAGAACAUGAUCCAAAAAAUUUUGCGGCCUGUGAACGAGAGAAUAUCAAUCGAGGAAAUGCGCCGUCAACCUUGGCUUACAGAAAAUGAUUCCGGAUACGAUGAUACAGGUAUUGAGAAAAGGUAUGACAAAAAAAUGAAACUGGACAACAGCUCCAGUGAUGGCAGCGAUGGAAGCAUCCGAGUGACUAUCAACAACAAGUCCUACAAUCCUUCUCCUGGUAACCACGAUGGCCAUAGCUGUACGACUUCGAGAAAUGUACAACAACAAAAGCAGCCAGUGCAGCAUUGAAUUCGAUUGUUAAUAUUUUGACGGUGUCAAAAUUUGUUGUUAUUUUCUUUUGUUUUUAUUAUACGAAACAUUUGUUUCGAUUUUUGACUAAUAGCGGGAAACAACGAAGAGAACUAAAUUUUUACAUAAUCCAUUCAAGGGAUUUUCCUUCGUGCAAAUGUUUGGUGUAUAUGUUAGAAAUUAGUUGUCUGAUUUGAUAACUUUUUAUUCUACAUCCACGUAUCUUUUGAUGAAAUCUUGAAUAUGAUACCUUUUCUAGGUACGGUGGACUGUUACGAGUUUUCCUCGAAUGUAACCUAUUAAUUUUCAAUUUGAGUAAUGGUGUGUCCAAAGAGAGAUAAUAAAACACAUUGUAUUUUAUAUCACUUUUAA